AUGGUCAACCCCAUCAAUGUUAAUUGGGAUGUAGACCAAUAUGCUGACAAGGUCAAUUUAUCACAACCCAAUAGGGAUGGGUCAGCAACUGCUGAACCAGAGAGAUUGAAGAAGUUCUUCCCUGAGGCUGUGCUCAGCAAAAUUUCAGUUCCAACAACUGUUAUAGAUAGGCAAGGAAAAUUUUUGGUGGUUUAUCUCUCUGAUAUUUUGACAGCUUCUCAUAUAGAGCAUCUUAAUCAUAUCACUACUGGCUUAAGAGAAUCCCUCCUUAAAACUGUUGAUCCUAAUUCAGAUAUCAAAAAAAGUUGGAGAGAUGAUGGCUAUAUGGUUCCAGCUGAAAGAGGGGAAUUUGGGAUUGGUACAAUUACAGUAGCUCCUGCAUAUUUCAUGCAAAGAUGGCAGCAACUAGUGGAUCCAUUGGUGACCUCAGAGUCUUACAAAUCGGAGAAGGUCCAACAAUGGUUAGCUGCCUUGACAAUAUCAGAAGUUCUAUGGAAUACCAUUACCAGAGUUGUAGCACCAGAUCUUUUUCAAGCUGGCAUCUCUGCAUUUUCUGAGGUCAUCAAAGAAGUCCCUUGA